GCAAGUGAUUUCGGCGGGUAGUCUGCAAGGGAUCACUAAGCCUUUGAUUUCUCAUUCAUCUAUUUAAGUUUCUUGUUUCUACUUUGUUAGUUUCUGAGGCAUGGGUUAGGUUUCUAUGAGGCUUUCUAUAGAUGUUUUUCUUUAAUCCUAUUUCAUUCUUCUUCAAUCUUGUUUAAGACGUCAAUUGGGAUAGAAAUAUGGGUUACAUUGUAAUGGGCUUGAUUUUGUUAAAAAAUAAUGGGUUCCUUUAUUAUUCAUCCAAUUUCAAAUAGGUAAAUAUAACUGAGCUGGUUUACCAAAUCUUUAAUUUCUCCCUUUGAAUUGUUAAUGAAGGAUUUUUUUAUACUAUACUAAAUAAAUUAGAGAUACAGAAAACUCUCCUUGUCCGGAAAGAUCUACCUAUAGAAACCUUCAACUGAGAAAUUUCAGCCCUAGAAGUGGACCCAUUGUCAAGAAUGCAUUUUCAAAAUCAAAGUUUAUAAAUAUAGGUGUAUUUGUGAGAUGAAAGUUUAUAAAUGAAAGCUCAAAGUUCAUUAGAUUCAAAAUCAAAGUAAAAUCACAUAAGUCAGUAUUUUUAGAUUAAAAUUUUACCAAAGUUCAAUUAUAUUUUUAGAUUGGUACUUCCUGAAAAAUAACAAAUAACUCUUAAAUUAGUUCUUUUAGAGAAUAACAUUUGCAUUCUGCUGCAGAUUGCAGAUUCUGCAUUCUUCCAUUGUCUUCUUAAUUGGUGCUUGUUAAUUAGGGUGUUGUUAAUUUUGAGUAUCAUAUAAGGUUCAGGUUUAUGCUAUAAUUCUUCUAACUUUUUAAGGUCAUUCAGCCAUAUUUAUUUGAUAUUGAAAUUGAAUUUUUAUUUGUUGGGAUUUCAAUGAAGCUAAAUUAGAAAAAAAAAAAAUCAAGAAUGCAUUUUCAAUAUUCUGAAUUACAUGUGUGCUUCUCUGGGACUGAACCAUAGAGUCUGUUCGGCUUCUUCGGCCGUCGGAGAUACUAGAAAUAACUGGUAAUAUUAGCAUAUAGAUUUGUGAUUGUGCAGAGAAAGGUAAAAGCAACAUACACAUAAAUUAUGGAUUUUGAAAGCAAGAAGAGAAAGCUUGCAAGUCCUAACCCAUGGCAGAGGGAUCCAAAGGAAGCAUCAAUUACCUUUGAUGAUAUGAAUUACUUAAUGAACCAUGCUUUGAAGCGUCCCAAGUUUGCUGCACUUUUGGUUAAACAUAACAUAUGUUUGGAUAUGUAUUCCAAGAGAGCUGUUUUGAAAGCUUCUCCAUCUAUUGUUGGUCUAAUAUCUUAUUCAGGGAAGGAGGAGAUAUUUCAAGGUUCUGGAACUAUUAUAGAAAGUGAUGGUAACAGUGGUGUUAUAUUAACUUCUGCUACUCUCAUUAGGUGUCGUAUGGGCAGAAAUUCAGUAGCAGAUGAUGUAAAGGUUGUUGCACACCUAUCAAAUGGUCAUUCAUUUGAUUGUCAAAUCUUACCAUUUGAUUUCCACUAUAAUAUUGCUGCCUUAAAGAUCCAGUCAGAAUCAGAUGCUCCACUCCCAACUGCAUGCUUGGCACAUUUGGAUGAUUCUAUCUCAGUUGAUCCCAAUCAGCUUUACAUUCGUGAAGAAAAACCUUUUCAGCUUCGCCCACAUUCAAAAUCAUUUAAUCUCAUCCCUGGGGAUACAUUAAUUGCGGUUGGACGUUAUUUUAUAAAGCCAUAUGAUGUCAUGGCUACCGCUGGUGAAUUCAGUCUCGAUCGCUGUGAAUAUGAUUGUAAAGAGCUGUUGAGGGUGAACUGCCAAAUCACAAGAUGUGGCAUUGGGGGCUCAUUUAUCAACUAUUAUGGGGAAGUUAUGGGAAUCUGUUUUCAUGAUAUGGGUUUUACUCCUUUUUUGCCAAUUAAUGUAGCUUCCAAAUGGUGGGAGCACUACAAGAGAUGUGGGGAACCCCGCCGACCUUGGCUUGGAAUGGAAGUUACUAACCUUUAUGCAGCUGAUGUGGAUAUUUUAGAGAAGAUCGUUCAAAAGUUCCCUAACGUAUUUAAGGGGGUCAUUGUUGAAGAGGUAUCGUCUUGUUUCAUGCAACUUGUUUCUAAAAGGUUGUGCAACUUGUUUCUAAAGGAUCGUAGUACUUUGGCUAAUAUCGUUAUCCUCAGUCAUAGUUGUAUAAAGUUCGAGGGACAUGAGGGCAUUAGGGUACCUUAGGCUUAGGUUCAAGGGACCUUUCAAGAUUGAGGCACAUGUUUAUAUAAAAUUUGCAUAAAAGAAUAGUUAAUUUUCAUUCUAUGCAUAAGCAGUAAAUACUGAAUCCAAGGCUGAUAAAAAUAUUGCAAAAAGAUCGUCAAUGAUUCCAUUAGAUAUAGUGGGAUUAACAAUUUCUAGCUUAUUGCUGGUCAAAAGAAAAAGCAAAAUUCUCUAUCUUCAUCCUUCAAGCUCUAUUAGCACCAUAGUUAAUUUAACACUAAAAGAAGAUUACUACUAUAUUGGGCUUAUUUGUUUUUCCAAAAGCAUAUAUGAGAAAACAUUUUUUGAUAAAAACAUUUUGAGAAAAUAACUUAUUUUCCAUUGUUUGGUUGCAAUCCUUGAAUUAGUUGGAUUUUUUCAACUUUUGGAAUGUGCCCAACUAUAAGAUUAUUUAAACCUCUUAGAACCUCAUUAUUUUUUGUGUAAUAUUAAAGUAUGGGACAAAGACAAAAAGAAAAGGAUAAAUUAUGGUAGUCACUGAAAGUUGAUGGUAGUUAGUUGAUCAACUGAUAUGUAUUUACAUGGCUAUUUUUAAUGUUAUAGGUUACUUUUUCUUUUAGGCCUUGUUUGGUUCAAAUGUGUCUUGGUUGGUUCAAAUGUGUCACCUCCUAAGAAGUCACUUCCAGGACCUAACUUAACUAGAUUGGGGUAGGUAAGUUAUUUUCCCUCCACUAAAAGAAGAAAAACCUUUGACUUUCCGGGAAGUCAAGAAGAAAUGCCAACAAAAAACAUAAAUAAUUUUCACCUCCAACCAAACAAUGAGUUUGUCUAAUUGUGGAAAACUUUUCAUUAACUGCAAUAUGAAAAGUGGAAAUAGUGAUGGGAAAAAACUAGUUGCAUAAAUAAGAAGUUAAAACUUCAUGGAGGGUUGAGCAGUCAAAGGCCUCUCUCUCCCAUAACCAAUCCAUUUUUUUGCAAGGUUUUGAUUUAGGAAUGGUCUUAUUGACCUAUCAAUUGAGACUUCAUUAUUAUCG